CUCCCAGGCCGGAGGUGACGUCCCUGCGGCCGCGGGGCUCAGGGUGCUUCCGGGUGGAAGAGGCCCCAGCGAAGGCCCCGGGGGUGGAGAGGGUGCUGGGGGGGUUCCGGGCGUUGGGGGGGUGCCACAAUGAGCCGGGGGGGGCGGGGGGCUGCCCCAGCAGCUGAGAAUGUUGGCUCGGUGCUGCUGCAGCAGCAGGAAAACCUGCAACUGUUCGAGCUGCUGGGCCGGAAAUGUGUGACCCUGGCGACGGCCGUGGUGCAGCUGGUGCUGGCAGAGCCGGGGGGGGGCGCGGGGGGGUCCUGGGCCAAGCGGUGCUGCGGCGUCGCCUGCCUGGUGAGGGACAGCAGCCGGCGCUCCUACUUCAUCCGCCUGUACGGGCUGAGGGCCGGCCGCCUGCUGUGGGAGCAGGAGCUGCAGGCGCAGAUGGGGUACGGAGCUGCAAUGCCUUUCUUCCACACCUUGAGCUGCGAGGAGGGCCAGGCGGGACUGAACUUCGCGGAUGAGGCUGAGGCGGCCGCCUUUGAGGAGCGGGUGCAGGAGAGGCUGCGGCGGCGGCAGCAGCGAGCAGAGACCCGGCAGCUCCCACCCCCGCCGCCUCCUGGCGAUGAGCGUCGUGGGAGCCUUCCCCGGCCCCCCCCGGCCCCUAUGGACAGCAGUGCUCCAUCGUUGCCAGCUGUGCCCAUCGCCAACCCUGACAUCACAGCUUCCCGCUACCGAGGGCUGCCUGGCCCCACAGCAGGAAGCCCCACAGCGGGCAGCGAGCGCAAGAAGGGCCGCAAGAAAAUCUCCAAGGCCGACAUCGGAGCCCCGUCUGGCUUCAAGCACGUCGGCCACAUCGGCUGGGAUCCCGCCAACGGCUUUGAUACAGCAGCGCUGGACCCCGACCUGCGGGCUCUGUUCGCACGGGCUGGCAUCAGCGAGGCGCAGCUGGCAGACGCUGAGACCUCACGCCUCAUCUAUGACUUCAUCGAGGGGCAGGGGGGGCUGCAGGCCGUCAAGGAGGAGAUGCGGCGCCAGGGCCCACAAGGCAGAGGGGGCACCCCACCUCCUCCCCCUCCUCCCUCCGGACCCCCACGGGCUCGCGGCGGGCCGCUGCCUCCCCCCCCACCGUCCGGGGGUCCUCCGCCCCCUCCACGUGGGGGGCCCGGCCCGGCUUCCGGCCCUCGGCCCGCGGCUCCGCCCCCUCCUCGAGGCCCCGCCCCCCCGUGCGCCGCCGCCUCCGUGGCUCCGCCCCCUCCGCCCCCACCUCUGCCCCCCCCCAGCGGGAGCCCCUCCAUGGUGGGCGGCCCUCCCGCGCGGGGGGCGCUCCUGGAUCAGAUCCGGCAGGGCGUGACGCUGAACAAGACCCCCGAAGCCCCCGAGGGCGGCGCCGGGGGCGGGGCGGCGGGAGGGCUGGUGGGCGCGCUGAUGGACGUGAUGCAGAAGCGGAGCCGCGUCAUUCACUCCUCAGACGAAGGCGAGGACGGCGACGAGGACGACGAGGACGAAUGGGACGAAUGACGGCUCCGCAGCGCCCCCUGGCGGCCGCAGCGCUUCGCGCCCCCCGCCCGACCCCCAAUUCGAAAUAAACGGCGGCGGAUGAGCGAUUAA